UUGAGGAUCGAUUACUGGGAACUGUCACCUGAGCAGGUCAUCAUCAAGAACGAGCAACUGGGACAUGGUGCUUACGGACAGGUUUACAAAGGGAAACUUAUCGGUCCUUCGCCAGGAAUAUUACGGUAUCACAAAAAUGAAGUAGCCCAAUUCACCGACUGUGACUGUGCUGUGAAGAUGCUACCGAAAUAUGCUUCCGACAGCGCCAGAGCAGAAUUCAUGCACGAAAUCGAGUUGAUGAAAACCCUUGGCUUUCACGACAACAUCGUCAGCAUGUUGGGCUGCAUCACAGCGGCUAAUAAAUCCUGCUUAGUGAUCGAAUACUGCGCCAGCCGAGAUUUGCUCCGUUAUCUGAAACAACGAAAGACGGAACUGGAGAUUAGUAAGUCAAUUGAUGAGCAAAUCGAGUGCACGAAAGAGUUUCUGAAUUUCGCAUGGCAGAUUGCACAGGGAAUGUGUUACUUAGGACAGAAGAAUAUCAUACAUCGAGACCUAGCUGCAAGAAAUAUUCUCAUUGCAGUAAUAGACGGAAUGAAGAACGCUAAGGUUUGUUAA